GUUCUUGAUUUCGGCCAAUAGGAAAGUGGAUUGUUAGAGUGUGUCAGGAAGAACCUCGCGUCGUAGGCUCCGCCUUUUCCUUUUUGCUCUUACCGUCGCAGGGAGCACACGUCCCGAGGCCUGGCCUUUGCCCUAAGAACGUGUUGAAAAUGCGCUACGUUGCAGCUUACCUUCUUGCUGUCCUUGGAGGCAAUGAAUCCCCAAGCUCAAAAGACUUGAAGAAAAUCCUUGACAGUGUAGGGAUUGAGACAGAUGAUGAACGCAUGAACAAGGUCAUUGGUGAACUGAAUGGGAAAAACAUUGAAGAUGUCAUUGCCCAAGGUAACAGCAAGCUUGCCAGCAUGCCAGUGGGUGGAGCUGUAGCAGUUUCUGCUGCAGGAUCUGCUGCUCCUGCUGCAGGUGCUGCACCAGCUGCUGCUGAGGAGAAGAAAGAAGAAAAGAAGGAAGAAUCAGAAGAAUCUGAUGAUGAUAUGGGAUUUGGACUGUUUGACUAACUCUUUUCUUAAUCUAUAAUAAAUCUUGGUUUAAAGAA